UUUUUGGUGUUCCUGACUUCCUGUGAUUUGGCGACGAAGAGGAAGAGGGCGACAUGGGAGAGCGAAAAGUUCUGAACAAGUAUUAUCCGCCGGAUUUCGAUCCGUCGAAGCUUCCUCGGCUCCGGCGACCGAAGAAUCAGCAGAUUAAGGUCCGUAUGAUGCUUCCGAUGAGUAUUCGCUGCAACACUUGUGGGAAUUACAUCUACAAGGGUACCAAGUUCAAUUCCCGCAAAGAAGAUGUCAUCGGUGAGACAUAUCUGGGAAUCCAAAUAUUUAGGUUCUACUUUAAGUGCACCAAGUGCUCGGCCGAGCUGGCAAUGAAGACCGAUCCACAAAAUUCUGACUAUGUUGUUGAAUCUGGGGCAACACGGAAUUUUGAACCCUGGCGUGCAGAAGAUGAGGAAGCAGAUAAGGAGAAAGGGAAACGAGAAGCUGAAGAGAUGGGGAAUGCAAUGAAAUCCUUGGAGAAUAGAACUCUGGAUUCGAAAAGAGAGAUGGAUAUUAUAGCUGCACUUGAUGAAAUGAAAUCGAUGAAGUCUAGACAUGCUACUGUCAGCGUAGAUGCGAUGUUGGAGGCCUUGCAAAAAACGGCUGCUGAGAAGGAAAAAAGAUUGGAAGAAGAGGAUGAGGCACUCAUAAAGUCAAUAUUCAGUAAGCCGAAAGAAGUUAUCAGGAGGAUUGCCGAUGAAGAACUAGAUGAUGAUUAUGGCGACAUUGCUCACAUUCAGGAACAAGCAUCUUCAGAUGUUUCAAAGAAGAGAAAAGCGUCAGAAGAAAGUCCAAGCAACCCGACUGAUAUUUUGGAUAGCUCUGGUGAAAUCCGAAACGAGCCUAAGAAAAGCACAGUUAGUAAUAAUCCAUUCAAAUCAGUUCGGAUAUCGGUUAUAAAGAAGCAAGCUGCUCCAGCAAAACCCCAAGAGGCAAAGCCGGUAGAAGCCAGCAACGAGAACUCGGGAUUAACAUCUUUGUGCCAGAAUUAUGGCAGCGAGGAGGAGGAGGAGGAUUGAGCUGUCUGCUACUUGCAGAACUUGGGUUGUUGCCAAUGAUUGAGCUUUGGAUAGAACAUUGGAAGAACAGAAGAGCCAUGCUCAUUCCUUGUGUUCCACAAAUUCUUGUUUGUCAGCUUUUAGAGCUUCAUUUGACCAGAAACACUUGUCACCUCAAAGCUAAAUUACUCAAAUUUUAUGUUUUGUCUCAGCA